AUGGCUGAUGUUGAAAAUGAGAACAAUAAGAAUUUAGAUCAAAAUGAAAAGGAAAAAGGAGGAAAAAAGCGAAAUCUUACUAUAGUUUGUCUUUUACUUGUCUGCGCAUAUACUUCAUAUAAUGCUGUCGCCAAUUUACAAUCUAGUGUCAAUACAGAAAAAACCGUUGGUCUCUAUUCAUUGAUACUCGACUCGAUUGCUUCGAUAUUUGGUGCUCUUUUUCUUAUUACGCCACUUAUGUACUUUUUUGGUUAUAAAUGGAUCAUUGCCAUUGUUCAAAUCAGAGUCCUUGCUUAUACUGCAGCUAAUAUGUAUCCUAAAGCAGUACUUCUCUAUUCGAUGGCAAUCAUAUGUGAUAUUUUCUGUGUGAGCAUGUGGACAGCUCAAAAUGCUUAUGUUACAGUACUCGGUAUUGAUGAAAAUGAUCAUGAUAAUGGUAAUAAUAAAAUGCACAAAUAUUUUGGUAUUGUGUUUUCGACAUUUCAAACUAGUAAACCUUCUUCAUAA